CCCACAGCAACAUGUCUGUAUCAAGGAAGAGUUUCCUGCUGACCUGCUGGAGAGGAACCCCAGUCCGGACCAAGAGGAGCCAGAACCUCCACAGAUUAAGGAGCAGCAGGAGGAGCACUGCAUCGAGCUCCCAGAGCAACAUUUUAUUAUUGAGGAUGAGUUUCCAUCUGACCAGCAGCUCUGGAACCUUGAGAGUAACCCCAGUCUGGACCAAGAGGAGCAAGAACCUCUACAGAUUAAAGGGGAGGAGGAGCCCUGCAUCGGUCUGGAAGUAGAGCAGCUCGUACUGAAGCAGGAGGAUCAAGAUAACGUUUUGUUAAAUCCUACUCUCAAGGAAAGUGACUACAGUGAACCAGAACCAAGUGACCACCAGCUCCUGUCCCACAGCUCAGCUCAGAGCCAAGAUCUCAACGAACGCAAGCAUGGAAACUCAAAAUCAGUUAAAAAUGCUGAGCAGGCAUCAGAAAAGGAACAUCAUGUCAUCACAAGAGCAAAAGGGAGGACAAGUCCCAGUUACCUUGCAUGUAGCACUACCAUGUCAAAUAUUGUGCAGAAUAUCUGCAAGAGUAAAAAGGUUUUCCAGUGUGACACUUGUGGAAAAGUCUUUAAGUGUAAGUCAGGAUUAAAUGGACAUCUGAAGGUGCACACAGGUCAGACACAGCAUUCUUGCGAAGUGUGUGAUAAAAGUUUCACAACUCGCACAAAUUUGACGAGACACGAGAGAACGCACACGGGCGAGAAACCUUUUACUUGUAAAACUUGUGGUAGAAGUUUUAGCCAUAGAGCUUCUCUGCAGGUCCACGAGAGAACACACACAGGCGAGAAACCUUUUACUUGCAAAACUUGUGGAAGAAGUUUUAGCGAGAGAAAAACCCUGAAGAAACACGAGAGAACACACACGGGCGAGAAACCUUUUAUUUAUAAAACUUGUGGGAGAAGUUUUAGCCAGAGACCUUCCUUGCAGAUCCACGAGAGAACACACACAGGCGAGAAACCUUUUAUUUGCAAAACUUGUGGGAGAUGUUUUAGCGAGAGAAAUACCCUGAAGAAACACGAGAGAACGCACACGGGCGAGAAACCUUUUACUUGCAAAACUUGCGGGAGAAAUUUUGCAAUUAGAAUGAAUCUGCAGGUCCACGAGAGAACACACACGGGUGAGAAACCUUUUUCUUGCAAAACUUGUGGGAAAAGUUUUAUUCAGAGAAAUCACCUGCAGGGCCACGAGAGAACACACACGGGCGAGAGACCUUUUUCUUGCAAAACUUGUGGGAAAAGUUUUAUUCAGAGAAAUCACCUGCAGGGCCACGAGAGAACACACACGGGCGAGAGACCUUUUAUUUGCAAAACUUGUGGGAGAAGUUUUAGCGAUAGAAAUACCUUGAAGAGACACGAGAGAACGCACACGGGCGAGAAACCUUUUACUUGCAAAACUUGCGGGAGAAAUUUUACAACUAGAAUGAAUCUGCAGGUCCACGAGAGAACACACACGGGCGAGAAGCCUUUUACUCGCAAAACUUAAGGGAAGAGUUUUAAACGUGGCUGCAGCUUUAAAGUCCACAUGAGAAGCCAUAAAGGUGAGGAGUCAUAUCCAUGUACAACUUGUGAGGAAAGAUUUGUUAUCAAAUCCCUUCUAACAAAACAUUUGAUCACCCACACAUUGCAAAACUGAUAUUUUUGUAAAAUGUUGGAAAGAUCUCUGUCUUGCCAGUUUUUACAAACUCCACACGAGACUACAUCUAGUUGAGAAGCCACACCAUGGCAACACGAGGGUGAUAAGAUUUGUUCAAGCGUUGUCAAAGAAGUUGUUACUCAGUUAAUGAUUCAUUAAUUAGUGAUACAACAGUUAGCGAAAACGACACUGGAAAUGUUUCCAGGGGACAAAAAAAGUGAUGAACCUUGUUGUAGUUCAAUGCUUUAUGAAGUUCCAUCACCACUGAUGAGUAGCAGACUUCAAUAACUUCACAAAGCAUUGAACUACAGCCAGGUUCAUCACCUACAGCUACACAAGAGAGAUUGUGUACAUUUGCAUUAGCUGCAUCUCUGCAACUGAAUGUGGGAAAUAUCCCAUUGAGGAGACAUCACAAUAUCUUUGAUGGUCAACCACAUUUGCUGAAGUACCCAAGUUUCUGUUCUUCAUGUGACUGUCAUUGAUAUCUACAUCUGCAAAGGAAGUGAUGUUUUCAACCAUGUCUCUUUGUUUAUUCAUUUGUCAGCAAUUUAUACCAAAUGGAGCAGGAGGGGGACGGGGGUGAGAGCAAUGUAUUGGGUUAAAGUGACAGAUCCAUUAUAUUUUAUUAUCACUGAAUGUUGAGAGAUGUUGUCAAUGUGUCAGGAAAGACUGGAUCAAAAUGUAAAAAUCUGACAUUUGUGGUACAGAGAUUUAUAAUAACACAGUAUGUGGUGCAGAUUAUCAGAUGACUUCCCUUUUUCUUUUCUCUGUCUUUUCCAAAGAAGAAAAUAUGUUGUUAAUGUGUACACAGUCCUUAAUGACUGUCACUGUAAAUGGUUAUUCUUGUGUACUACGUGUAUUCAAUACUUCAGUGCAUUUGCAGUUCAUUAAAGUUUCUUGAAUUAU